AUGCUUAACCAGCGCCACGCCACGACGCUGCAGCGAGCGGGGUUGGGGAAGGCGGGGAGGAAAGCAGUGGAAGCAGGGGACAGGAAGCUGUCCAACGUGGCGGGCAUGCUGCAGCACUGCCGCGCGGAGCAUGGUGGGUUCGACUUGAAGCGAUUGCGAGCAGCGCAGAAGUGGGACGAGUAUCAGUGCAUCCGCGCUGUCAACUUCAUCCGUACCCACGUGGCGGCCCAUCGCUGCAUCCACUGCCUACAGUCCUUCCCCUCCCCACCUGACCUCGUUCAACACAUGGAAGCUUCGCAGCACUUUCUCCUCCCUCCUCUCCCGCUCACCACCCCUCCCGAGCCCUCCGCCCCGCCACCCUGGGGAGACGACGCGUACCUCAGAAGCUUCCUGGAAGGCGACCCUGUGCUGUACAGCUUGGAUGACGACGAUGAUGCUGAAGUCAGCGAGGGGGGCGCCAAGGACGGCAGCGCUGAUGCUGCUGCCGCUGGGGGUGCACGCGAGGCCAGUGCCGUGGUGGACGUUACCGGGUUACCACUCACUGCCGCGGCGGCAGGGGCGGCGGCGGCAGCAGCAGCAGAGGGGGGAAACGUUGGGGGCAGCGAGGAGGAGCGCGCUCUGGCCUUCCAGGAGCUGCUCUCCCUGGCGCAGGGGGAGGGUACGGGGGGGGAGCAGGCGGAGGGGGAAGGUGCAGGGGCGGAGAGCAGUGGGAGCGGAGGUGCGGGAGUGCAGGCAGCCCGCACAGGGGGGGUGGGAGGGGGAGUAGGCAGCUCAGGUAUACCUUCAGGUGGAACUUCAGGUGGUUCUGUUGGCAAGGGCAAGGAGAAGGUGGGAGAAGUUGCAGGAGCAAGGGGGGAGAUGGAGGGGUGGGAGGUUGCGGACGGGGAGGACGUGGCGCCCUCUCUGGAGCAGUACGUGACGCUGGCCAAUCAGGUGCUGCUGCUGCGACAACAGAACGCACAGCUGGCACACCAGCUGGCUGCCACGUCAGCAGGAAGGGCUCCAGAAGUCCCUUUCAGUGCCACUGCCGGCGGUGCAGGCACGGCUGCCCCACGCACGCCCUUCUCCACGCCCAUGGUCUCGCCCUCCCCCAGUACCGCCUCCCUUGUCGCCACCGCCACUGCCGCUGCCGCCAUUGCCUCUGCUGCAGCACAAGCCUCAGGCGCCAGCAACACCGCUGAAGCUGCCACCGCUGAUGGUGCUGCAGCAGGCGCGGGUGCAGGGCCUGCUGCUCCAUCCGCUGCUGCAGCAGCGUGGCAGGCGCAGAGCAUGGGAGCGCCGCGCACGCCCUUCUCCACGCCGCUGGUCUCCCCCUGCCCCAGCUACGCCUCCCUUGCCACCGCCGCCGCUGCUGCCGCUGCAGCUGCAGGCGUGGGUGAGUCGGGGGUGGGCAGUGGGAUGCACGAGGGGUCGGUGAAAGACAUGCUGCUGCAGGUGAGGCACGGCGAGCAGCUGCAGCACAAGCAGGGCCGACCUCCCAUUCCCGUAUCCCCCCGCCCAGCCUCCACUGGCGCCCUUGGUGCUGAGAAAGCAGUGGGUGUGGUGGCUGCAAAGGCAGGUUUGGCAGGAGGAGAAGGCACGGCAGGGCUAGGGUUGGAAGGAGGAGGUUCGGGAACGGCCAGCCCGGUAGUCCCUCGGACGCCUUUCUCCACGCCGCUCGCCUCGCCCUCCCCCAGCUACGCCCUGCUGCCCCUGGAUGAGGCCCAGAGGAAGCUGGCAGCCGUUGCUGAGACGGUGGAUGGCGCCAUGGAUGGGGAGGCCGCCGCGGCUCCACCUGCAGCACCUGCUGUUGCUGGUGCGGGUGGGAAGGGGGAAGGGGAUGGGGAGGAGGGGCAGGCGGCGAGGAAGCGGCGGCAGGUGACGUUUGGGGCGGUGCGGGAGAGGCAGGUGCGCGUGAUUGACGCCAACUACUUCAGCUCCUACGCCGGCUUCGGCAUCCACCGCGAAAUGCUCUCCGAUCAGGCUCGGACCACAGCCUACCAGGCAGCUUUGGAGGAGAACCCGAGCCUGAUUGAGGGAGCAACAGUGCUGGAUGUGGGCUGUGGCACAGGCAUUCUCAGCUCCCACUCCCUUCCCGGCUUACCGCCCAUUCCCCUCAUCCCUCCUGUGCUGGGCAGUCUGUUUGCGGCGCGCGGGGGAGCAGCGAGGGUGGUGGCGGUGGAUGGCAGUCGAGAGAUUCUCGCGGUGGCUCAGCAGGUGGGCGGCGCAGCAUUUGGGGUGGGGCUGCCUGGGUUCACAGGAUGGCAAGGCAGGCCGAGUGAGGUGAUGGAGGCACAGGGGAUAGCGCGCGACAACGGCUAUCUCGCGGGCGCCCAGUCCGCCCCCCCUGCCCCCAGCAGCACCUCUGCCAGCGCGCCUCAGCGCCCCCCACGCCCCGUGGUGUCCUUCGUGUGCGGCAAGAUCGAGGACCUCUCCCCCGCCCCCACCGGGACCACUGACGCACACGCGCAGGCGGGCGCUAGCGGCGAGGGGGCGGGAGGAGGGGGAGGAGCAGGGGAGGUGGCGUUGGAGCGGGGGAGUGUGGAUGUGAUAGUGAGCGAGUGGAUGGGGUACGCGCUGCUGUACGAGUCCAUGCUGCCCUCCGUGCUGCACGCCCGUGACACCUGGCUCAAACCGGGCGGCGCCCUGCUGCCCGACACCGCCUCCAUGCACGUGGCGGGGUUUGGAGAGGGAGCAACGAGUGUGGGGUUUUGGAGGGACGUGUACGGCUUCAGCAUGGCCUCCGUGGCACGCGAGAUAGAGGACGAGGCGGCUCGCACGCCGCUGGUACAGGAGGUGAAGGCGUGCGAUAUAGUCACGUCCACCGCCACCAUCAAGGUCACCCCUUGUAUCUCUCGUCCUUCACCUCCCUCUGCCGUCCCCCCUGCCUCUUCUCCCCUGAACCUCAUCCUCUCCUCCCAUCCCUUACGUUUCCCCCCAUCUACCUCCCCCGUCCUUCCCGCCCGUGCGUGGCAGCACUUUGACCUGUGCACCGUGGCAGUGCCGGACCUCGACUUCACCUCUGAAUUCUGCAUCACACCAGCCCUCCCCACCUCUGCUGCCGGGCCAACUCCCGCUGACAGCCCUGCCGCUGCAACUCCAGCAUCCCCUGCCUCCGCCUCCCCCGCGCUGUGCUACGGGCUGGCGCUGUGGUUCGACACGGCCUUCUCCGCCCGAUUCUGCUCCGCCAAGCCAGUGCUGCUCUCCACCUCGCCCUUCUGCACGCCCACCCACUGGGCCCAAACCCUCCUCACCUUCCGCGAACCCAUUGCUCUCGCACCUGCAGCACAGUCCACGGCUGCAGUGCUGAUCGGAGAAACCCCACCACCGGGAACAGGAGCGGUGGGGUCGGAGGGUAGGCCGGCGGUGGAGGUGAGGGGGAGGGUGAGUGUGGUGCGCGCCAGCAAGCACCGCAGCAUUGACAUUUCAGUGGAGGUGGUGGCGGUGGGCGCUGAUGGGGGCAAGAAGGCAUGGCCCGCUCAGAUGUUCACCAUAUGA